AGAACCAAAACAAUAAUAAGAGAGUAGAAGGUUCGUGACUGGCGGUCGAGCGGUCGCUCGCUUCUGGGUGUACGAACGCUUCUAAAUCGCCUUCUAAAUUGCGUGUGCACGCGUUAACCAAUCCAGGGAACGUCGAACGAACCGAGCAUCUUUCCCGAGUCAUUUGAUCGGUGUUCAGUGGUGACCGCGGACGAUACUCGCACGUUCGUGCCCUUCCAUUCUCAACGUACACGUUGUCCGUCCGUCCGGGAGUCAGCUUGCGUCAAAACGUGCAUCGUUGUGCAACGUGCGUUCGAGCCCGAGUGCGACACGGCCGAGGCGAUAUUGGAGAGUAAACAAGGGAAUGGAAAUCGGAGAAAAGUGACACUAGAAGAGGUGUACAAGUUCCAAGCAUAAUCGCCGCACUCGCGAACCUCCUGUUAUAUAUCUCGUUGUUGACGACAAAAAAAUCAAGUGUCGCUCAUUCAGUUCCUCGAAGCUCUACCCGGGAGUAAAAGUUGAUGAUUCGUUCAACGUCUGAGAGAAGUGUAGAGCCGACGAUAGAGGGGGAGGAACGCAUCGUGCGUAUUUACCCAGUGAAUCACGCUUCGUUCUAUACGAUUACGGGACGUGGCAAGUGGGUAGUUUAAGUCAUCCAUGUUUACAUGAGCGUUCCCAAAUAUGUUCGUAAACAUUGAGGUGUGCGGAGCGUUAGAGAGGGCCAGUGGCACGCCGGUUGAUCGUCUUUAGUUACCUGUCGGUUUACAUACGCGAGGAGACGAGCGUGUCUCGUUCCGUGGAAAAAAGGGAGACGCGAGAACGUGUGUCCCGUAUGUGAGCGUAAACAGGAAAGAGAACGAGAGAGAGAGAGAGAGAGAGAGAGAAAGAAAGAAAGAGAGAGAGAGAGAGAGAGAGUAAAAAAGAGAAAGAGAGGGUACCAACACACACGUUGACCGAGAAGCGCGGCUUUUAUUGUGCCCGCUGUUUGUUCGUAUCGUAGACGAGCAGAGGUGUAAACACCGUCCGUGCCAUUGUCCUUUUGUUCUCGUAGCCGGCGAACGGGGAAAAGUCGACAUGCCGAGCGCCGAGGAGACCACAUACUUGAUCGAGGUGAUGCCAGACACCACGCAAGACUUGUUGUCCCGCGACGUGGAUCUCCUCGUCUCACGGAUCAAAGAGAACCUACGGUUGUCCAGCUUAAAGGCCAAGUCGAGCAUCAGCCACAAAAAUCGGGCCUCGCCUUACCAAGUGCCCUCCAGGUCCUGGGCAGACCCCACUAGCUGCGAGGUGUGCGGGUCUAGGAGUUCCGGGCCGCACGAUCAUCGUCAUCACAUAGGUCAUCAUCUGAAAAGACCGAGCAACAGGGAGGAUGAUCCCUACGAGCUUCUACAGGAAUUGCUCAGGGAAGGUGGUCUGAUCAAAGAGGCUGUGAAGAGACUGCAAGCGAACCUCGGCGAACUGGAGAACUCGGAGGAGGAGGAGGAGGAGGACGACGAACAUUCGACUGUGUACAGGAGAAAACCGUACUUCUACGAUUCCGAGGACGAACAGUUGCCACCGGUGUACCAGCCGCUCGAGCUGUGAAACUAAAUCCGACCUGGUCGGUUUCGUUCCACCUCGGCCCGUGUGUUAAUACACACACGCGCGUGUGAGAUUUAAAAAAGAAUCAGGGUCAAAACUUUCGUUAUUCCUCGGCUUUUUCCUUCAGUGUGCAUGCGCGCGCGCGCGCGAAAUGAACAAAAUAGUGUUGUUUCGGUUAGGCAGUGGCACGCGCGGGUUGGCCGACACCAAAACGCGCCACCGAAAGAAAGUAUAACGAGGUAAACAUAAUUAACCGAGAACUCGCCUUACAUGGCCGUGUUUGUAAAUAUGGUAUGUGUUGUUGUUCGAAGUAGUCUCGCGUUCAACUUCGUGCGGCUUCGGCUAUGCUCGCCGCCGUAUCGACGGCUGACGAGGCUUACGUGGAAGACUUAUGGCCGCCUCGAUUCGAACGCGCGGACUCGAUUUAUGUCGCAACGUUCGUCGUUCCACAAUUGCGGGUUCGUCUCUCUUUUGAACAGAAACGAGUUCCUGUGUGCCUCUCGCUUUUAAACUAACCAGGGGGGAAAGGAAGGGGGAGGGGCAUUCUUACGGAUGGUUCAUCCUGUGGUCGGCCAUUUUGCGAUCAUCUUUUUUCUUCUCUUUUCUAACUUGUUCCAACGAUUCCAAAAUAUGUUCGUGGUUGUGCAAUCGGCCUAAGGGCAUACAGUGAUGCAAACUACACACGGUAAACGGUUUAAAGGGAGGAGAAAAGAGGGUUGUCAACCUCCGAAUUCUGACGUAAGAUGCAAGUAGUUCCAGAUUUCUAUAAAGAUCUAUCUGUUACCUCCUUCGUAUGAUUAUAGUUUUUAUAUUAGCGCUGAGUUCAGCUAUAAAUACGUGUUUGAACGAGAAACGAUGAUCCUAUAAGGUAUUAGCGACGUUUUCGCCCGGGUCGCUCGGGGGGUUCUUACGGUCCAGUUACUAUUAGAGAAGAAUGAUAAGUCGCGUGAAAAUCUAUCAACGAAUGAGACGGCUCUCGUGUAUUGGAACACCGCGAUUCGAAGGACAGUGAUCUCAUUUUAUUUGUUUUUAACACGGCCAACACGACAAGUAGAGCGGUUCGUCGCGAUGGAGGUGAAUAGCGAUACGCGUGGCUCGAAACAAAAUUUGAUUACGUUCCGAGGCACGAUACACCGAGUAUGAAUCAUCUUUUGUGACUUUCCAAGUAUUGGAUAGGCUUUGGCUGGCGGAAUUACAAAAUAAAAAAAAAUAAAGAGUACACGAUUCCCGUUCGCUCUGUAUAUUUAGAUACAUAGUUUAUUUAUAUCGCUGUCGAUUGUUAGAGAUCAUUGCAAAUGCUGUAUGCGCGUGUAUAUUCAUUGUACAGAAUGUGUGUACAUAUGUAUGUGUGCGCGCGCGCGCGUGUGUGUGUGUGUGUGCCGAUUUAGUGGUAUAAUAGUCUGAUUCAUUUACGAUAAUCGGGCUCGGCAUAUUAAUCGAUUCACGGUGACAUUGUUAGCCAGCCGAGAAAUCGUGAGAGGACACACGAGUGUUGGGUGUCGUGUCCGCUAGGAGUUGUAUAAAUACAUUAUCCAGUUUCGCGAGAUAAACCGACAAUUAAUGCAUCGUGUAUCUCUCGCGUAUAUGUCAGGUUAAAUCAUUAUUUCGUUCCGGUGUGAACGUGUGAUUGUAUAUGUGUAUGAAUGGGGGGAAAUUUGCAUUUUUCUUUGAUGCUGUGUAACUGCGCUUGCGCAUGUAUUUACAAAGGAACAGUGUGAGAAAAGGGGAGGGAGAGAGAACAAGUGUACGUGAGAGAGUUAGAGAGAGAAAGAUUUGUCUUUAAAUUUACCGUUAUAGUGUAAAUUACGAAAGCUAUACCUCGUUGUGAUAGUUGGAUUUCUGGUUCAACGACUCUUAAUUAUGAAUAAAGAAGUUACAAAUUUUACUUUAAA